AUGAUAUCGCUGAUAACAACCGACGAGGAAAGCAACAUAGAUGAUGAUGAAGACGAGUACGACGAUAAUUUUGGAUAUAACAGUUCCAAAUUGAUCCGCGGCGGCACGCUGGUAGUAUGCCCCGCGUCGCUGAUGCAGCAGUGGGCAGGAAAGGUAGCGCAGCACUGCCGGUCACACGCCGUGUCCGUGUUCCAGCACCACGGCGCCGCCAGGGCGCAGCAGCCACAGCCUCGCCACCUACGACCUCGUGCUCACCACCUACAACAUCCUGCUGCGCGAGACCGAGUAGGGUGA